AUGAGCGGCGCGAGACUGUGCUCUCUGGUGGCGGAGCUAGGUUACGAAGGCGCCGGAAAAUUAGACCCCGACAGCUUCGAAUGGCCGUUCCAGUACGACGAUGCCCGUCCUAUCCUCGACUGGAUCUGUUCCUCUCUUCGUCCCUCCAAUGUCCUCUCUCUCGCCGAACUCUCCCUCUAUGAGCAAUUUCAAAAAGAAGGGAAGCUCUUAGAGGGCGAGGAUCUUGACCAGGCCUAUGAUAGCAUAUCAGCUUUUUCUUCCAGGAGAAAUAACCAGGAGGCGGUUUUUGGAGCAGAAGAAAGCUUAAAAGAAGUAAGAGAUGCAACUUUGGCGCAUAAGGCUGAAGCAUUGGAGUUGCAGAGGCAGCUAAGGCGCUUACAGACUCAAUAUGAUUUACUCACUGGCCAAUCUUCAGCUCUGAUUCAAGGAAGACGUGCUCGAGUUGCUGCAACUUCUGCUGUCUCUGGACAGAUAACAGCUAUUGAAGACAGCUUAUCUGCUAGAAAUUUGCAGAUGAAUGGAGUUCUAGGAAGACUGGCUUCCACUUCUCAAGAGCUGGCGCAUUAUCAUUCCGGCGAAGAGGAUGGAAUCUACUUAGCAUACUCCGAUUUUCAUGCCUACUUGGCUGGAGAUUCAGUUUGCACAAAAGAGCUAAAUCAGUGGUUUUCUAAGCAGCUGGACACAGGGCCAUACCGUUUAGUUGCAGAGGAAGGAAAAUCGAAAUGCUCAUGGGUUAGUCUUGAUGAUACUUCAAACAUGUUGCGAGACUUGGAAAAGUCACAACAUCAACGUGUAUCUGAACUGCAACGGCUUCGAUCCAUCUUUGGAACAAGUGAGAGACAAUGGAUUGAAGCACAGGUCGAGAAUGCUAAGCAACAAGCUAUUCUCUUGACACUCAAGUCUCAAGUAACAUCAGUUGAAGCUCAUAUUCAUUUUGAUCUACAUUCUUUAAGGAGAAAACAUGCCGAUCUAGUCGAAGAAAUCUCUACCCUGUAUCAGAAAGAAGAAAAACUCUUAUCUGAGACUAUUCCUGAACUAUGUUGGGAGCUCGCUCAACUCCAGGACACCUAUAUCUUGCAAGGUGACUACGAUCUAAAGGUCAUGCGUCAAGAGCUGUAUAUUAGUAAACAGAAAGUGUUCAUCAACCAUCUGGUGAAUCAGCUUGCAAGACACCAGUUUCUGAAAUUAGCUUGUCAGUUAGAAAAGAAAAACAUGCUUGGAGCAUUCUCUUUGCUAAAAGUAAUUGAAUCCGAACUUCAGGGUUACCUCUCUGCCACAAGAAGCCGCGUGGGGCGGUGUUUGGCUCUGAUCCAAGCUGCUUCUGACGUGCAAGAACAGGGGGCAGUGGAUGACCGUGACAGCUUUUUACAUGGAGUUAGAGAUCUAUUGAGCAUUCACUCAAAUGCCCAAGCUGGAUUACAGACCUAUGUCUCAGCUCCAGCCAUCAUUCAGCAGAUUGUUGCUCUUCAAUCGGAUCUAUCGUCUCUUCAGUCUGACCUCGAGAAUUCCCUUCCUGAUGACAGAAAUAGAUGCAUUAACGAGCUGUGUACUCUUAUUCAGAACCUGCAGCAACUACUCUUUGCGUCGUCAACUACAGCUCAACCCAUAUUGACACCAUGGCCGCUGAUGAAAGAACUUGAUGAAAUGGGGAAAAUCAACUCCAAACUCUCUGCAGCGGUGGAAGAGGUCACGCUUGAGCACCGCGAGAAAAGGGAGAUCGUGAAGCAUCAUUCCAAGGACGUGGAACUUCAAAGACGUGUAUUUGUAGACUUCUUCUGUAAUCCCGAGCGGUUGAGAAGCCAAGUGAGGGAACUCAAUGCACUCGUUCGUGCUCGCCAAGCCUCGUCAUAG